AUGGAAGUACUCCAUGAGGGCCAUCCAGGAAUAGUCGCCAUGAAAGGUAAAGCGAGAUUUCAAGUGUGGUGGCCCGGUCUAGAUAAAGAUCUGGAAGAACAUACAAAACAUUGUGUUGGUUGUCAAGAGAACAGGCCUAAAGACAUGGAGAUGCCUCUCUUCUCGUGGACCGUCCCAACAGAAGUCUGGUCAAGAAUCCACAUAGACUUUGCGGGACCAUUCUUAGGUAAAAUGUGGUUGAUUGUUGUAGACGCACGAUCAAAAUGGCUAGAAGUGAUACCCAUGUCGACAACAACUACAAAAGCCACUAUCAAUGCCUUAGAAGAAUUGUUCUCAAGAUUAGGCUAUCCCAAAACUAUCGUCAGUGACAACGGUCCUCAGUUGACAUCUCAUGAGUUCCAGACGUUCUGCAAAAACCUUAAUAUCAAGCAUGCACGUAUAACACCAUAUCACCCAAAAAGCAAUGGGUUAGCAGAACGGUGUGUUCGAACAUUUAAAGGACGUAUGAGUGCAUCACAGAACAAUGUGGGAACCGUCCAAGAAAAGCUCAAAAGUUUCUUGUUCGCAUACAGAACAUCUCCAAAAAGGUCAACCGGAAAAUCACCGGCUUUCAUUAUGUUUGGACGCGAACUACGUACAAAACUAGACCUACUGAUCCCCGACGCAGAUACUAAAUUAGAUAAAGAAUUAGUUAGACAACGAUUGGACAAACACGAAUCAAAAUUAAAAGUAUUUCAAGAGAAUGACCACGUCUGGGUGUUAAAUACGUCCGGAUCUGGAUUCAAGCGAGGCAAGAUAGUAAAAGUAAAAGGACCCUAUUCAUAUCUUGUAAACGUCGAUGGUGUGAACCGGAGAUGUCAUGCAGAUCAUUUGCGAACGGCAGUCAGCUCUUAG